AUGUCGACCGAUGUCGACGACUUGCAGUUCUCCGACUUCGAUCCCGAAGACCUAGACGAGAUCUCGCGUCUCGCCGACGAUGUUGAGGCAGACACGCGUCUAGACGUGGUUGACAUUGAAGACUAUGAGCCUCCGCACGGCAUUCGCCUUCCAGCGAGUUCGCCGAUUCAGUACAACCACAUCUCUGUCCAGACUGUACGAGCACAAUCAGCUGAACCAGAGCCUCCCCCAGCAGACAUCGCCGAAACUGCGCCAGAGCCGGACACGCGGUCACCUCUCGAACGAUUCCGUCGUCCACCGAAGAAAGCCCUCUCGGUCACUGAUCUGGUCUCGCCAGCAUGGUGCGAACUACAGUACUGGUACACUUUGACGCGUCAUGGACGAAAGAGACGGACACCGGCCAUGAAACAAGGCACAACAGUCCAUCAAGCACUUGAGGAGGAAGUUCACAUCACCGUGCCUGUAGACACGCCUACGAAGGAGGACGGCUGGGGUCUGCGCAUCUGGAACGUCAUCCAGGGCAUCAGAACCCUCAGGGACAACGGCUGCACGCGCGAACUCGAGAUAUGGGGCACAGUUGGCGGCGAGAUCGUCAACGGCGUCAUUGACGAGCUCAGCUACGAUUGUCCAGAUCCGAACCUAGAAGCCAAAGUCGACAAGCAGGCUGGCAAGAAACCAGUCGUGCCAGACCUUCCAGAACGCCAGACAUCGAUCGCAGACUUCCUGGCUCCAGCCUCUCAGCAGGAGAAUGGCCAGUCUCUCGAGGCGGCUCUUCGCCCUUCUCAGCCCAUGCUCAAACAGAAACCAAUCUAUGUAACAGACAUCAAAACGCGAGGCAGCAAGACACUUCCAGGCUUGAGCGCGAUGCGACCAGCCAUCUUACAGCUACAUCUCUACCAUCAUAUGCUCGAGAACCUAGCACAGGGCAACUUUGCUCUACAGCAGCUGGCAGAACGGUACGGCUUCGAUACGAACGCAGCUUUCUCAGACUCAUUCAUCGCACAAGUCGGCAGCCUGAACCAGGAGAUGAGUCAGUCCUCGAAUAGUUCGGAAGACUCCCUCGACAUACUACUCAAGCACAACAGUCUCUCAUCACUCUGGAGCUUCAUGCUCAGUGAAUUCAGGCAGACGUUCCUGCUGCCUGUUGAAAGUCAAGCACCGACAUCAACACCCCAAUCCGUGGCCGAUUUACCGGCUCCAGAAGCGCAGCCUACACGUCUAUCGCCGAUUUUGACCGUGGAGUAUCUUUCAGCCACAUACGAGCAUCGUCGAGGAGAAUCGACACGCCAACAUUCGUUGGGUCGUAAGUCAUUCGUCUUCAAUUCGGGCUACCUGAAGGCAUACCUCGAAGACAGUCUGAAUUGGUGGCAUGGCGUACGUGAAGCCAAAGGCGUCGAGCUGCAAGAGGCAUGGAAAUGUCGAUAUUGCGACUUCCGCGAUGACUGUGUCUGGAUCCAUGAUCGAGAUAGAUCCGCAUAUCAGCAGGCUGUAGACCGGAAGACCAUGCGGAGCGACCCGCUUAGUACGAAGAGCGAAGUUUGA